GGAGACUGCAGUGGAAAUAGUCUCCUAUCCUUUCGCGUGAGACGGUUUGAUCAAAUUGUGGAUUUGACGACAGAACUAUCAAACAAUGAUCCAAAUAUUCCUGAAUUGUCUUUGCUUUUCCCUCUUUAUUGUUACAGGUCAUUGUUUAAUUUUUUUGCAAGAGACAAUAUCAAUCCAGCUUCCGAGCGAUUUUCCAACGGGGGUGACGUUCUACCGUUUGCAAUCCUUCUUAGAAAACUCAUGGGAACAUACAACUGAUGGAUUUGAAUUUCGUAUCACUAAAAGCGUUAUUUUCCCUCAUGGUAACAGAGAAGGAAGAUGGCUCUUUUCGGUGGAUGAACAUACAGGCUCCCUCUUACUGUCACCUCACAGGAGAAAAUCGAUUGCAGAAUAUAUAGGUUCAACAUUUGCCCUGGAUGUGAUUGUUGUAUCCACCAUAAAAGCAUAUGAAAGACCUGCCCACGCUACAAUCAUGAUUAAAGUUACUGGAGACAACAGUUCAAGUCCUGAUUGCGGAGCAAGGGAUGAACUUUGUUUUCCAUCACCAGAGAUUCAGUUUCAACUCCCAGAGACGAUUCCGAAACGCUUCUCAUUGGGAAGUGUGAAACCCAUUCCAUUUAACAAACUGUGUCCACGAGCUGUUACAAAAUACUCGCUGCCAUCUAACCCUUAUCUAAAGAUCACUCGUAAAGCUGGUAUCUUGACAACUGUAUCCUCAUUUGACUAUGAAUAUGCCACUUCCCAUGAGUGGAACAUCAGUUGCGAAGUGAAAAGUGGUACAGAAAGAGGCACUUUUAUGGCUUUACUUCAAAUUAUGGUUAUAGAUGUGGAUGACAAUGCGCCGUACGUUCAAAACAGCACCAGUCUUUUCCAAGAAAUUGAUGUAUCACAAGUUAUUCCAGGAAAGCCAUUACCUCUUCAACUGACUGUUCUUGAUCCAGACACAGCAUCAGUGAACGAUAUUACAGUGCAAUUAAAUGAUCCUCUACAAUUGUUCUCCCUCAAAGAUCCGGUUGUAUUUCAUGGUGUAAACAAGACCAAUAUGCUGAUUAAUACAGCUCUUGUGCCCAAAGCCAAGUUUCACUUUCCCGAAAUUUCUUACAAUGUGACAGUGACUUUUAAUGAUACACAUCUCAUCACGAAAAACGAAGACUCUUAUAUUGAGUUUCACGUACAGAUAACUAACAAAACAAUAUAUCCACCUAGUACUGUACUUGAACCCAAAAGUUUAGAAGUGGUUGCCAGCAUAUUUCGACAUUCCUCUCAACACGCUAGAGACUCUUAUAUUGAGUUUCACGUACAGAUAACUAACAAAACAAUAUAUCCACCUAGUACUGUACUUGAACCCAAAAGUUUAGAAGUGGUUGCCAGCAUAUUUCGACAUUCCUCACAACACGCUAGAAUAGUGCAACCAAUGGAAGUACAUCCCCACGAUGGAUAUUUCUUUCGACUUCUUGGUGAACCCAGCCAUGGACUGCCUUCACCUAGAAUAUUUGGUGUUACUCCUGCUACAGGAAUAAUAUACUUGAAGGAUGAAGUGACCCUAUCCAGAAACUCUGUCAAUCUUUAUAAGCUUGAGCUUACCUGGAGAAGUCGCGAGGCUGCGGACAGACAAUGCAACGUCUUGAUAAGGGUCGUGGAUACGGGGGACCCACGGAGCAUCUGCGGAGUAGAACCUGGCCAUCAUUUUCAGUCUUGUUCUUCGCAUGGAACUGCCGAGAACUGCACCUCCAGUUGCGGCAGAGGAUCCGUAGAUGGAUAUUGCAAAUGGCGUCCACAUUCAGCUCCUAGUCUUGUUAGUUCCUAUGCUACAUGCUCCCCGCAUUUGAAAACUUGCCCGGAUGGUUUUUGUGACGAGCUAGAACGCUUGGAUCCCCUACUGUGUCCUCAAGACUGUGCUGAAAACAUCCGCGGCGAAGCUGUUCGUGGCUCAUCAGGAAGAGGUAUUGGGAAGUCUGCGGCACCCUGCACUUGCUCCGGACCUAACUCCUGUAUUUGUCUACGCCCAUAUCCAAUCAAGAGGAAGCACAAACCCUCAUUCAAGGAAGAAUUAAAAACGUCCAAUGAAACGCACAUUAAGUCAUACCCCAUUGGAAAUCAAGACGAUUGGACAGACUGUGGAACUGGGUGCAAAUCUAUGAUUGUCAUAGUUUCCCUUAUAGUGAGCGGACUUAUAGCCUUUGCUGGAUUUCUAUUGUAUCGUCGUAUCAUGAAUAAAUCAAAGGCAGAUGGUUACCCAACUAUCACAACGCCUCUUAAUCCUUUGGCUCAGUCCAACGAGUUUCAUGUGCAAGAUUCUCACCCACUUAUGAGGACAAGGCUAUGUGACUACUGUGCACCUGAGAAGCUCGGGGAUGGUAGUUCCUCUUCUGAGAAGCGUGACAUGAUAACCGAAUUAAACUUGCUGAAAGAUAUCCAUCAUCCAAAUGUGAUACAACUUCUCUGUGCUUGUACUGAUGAUGAAGGACCACUUUAUCUCAUAAUGGAAUACGCUGAGAAUGGAGCUUUAAUAAACUUUUUGAAGAAAAUGAGAUCGGAUGAUUCUGAUGUAAAAAUGGAAAUUUCCGAAUUAUUCUCAUUUGCCCUGCAAAUUGCCAGAGGAAUGGAUUAUCUUGCGAGUGUCAAAGUUGUACACCGAGACUUGGCUGCAAGAAAUGUAUUGGUAUCAUCUGAUAAAGUUUUAAAAAUAUCGGAUUUUGGUCUUAGUCGAGAUGUCUAUCAAGAGGAUGCCUAUCGUAAAUCUACAAAGGGAAAGGUCCCGGUGAAAUGGAUGGCUCUGGAAUCUCUUCAAACUAACAUCUACACCACGAAAAGUGAUGUAUGGUCCUAUGGAGUUUUGUUAUGGGAAAUUGUAACUAUAG